CCCAUUUUACGUUUCUACUUUUAUUUUAUACGUAUACAUCUUUCUUUGAAAAUGGCAUUGACUGAAAUUGCAAUUGAAACAUAUCAUCGUGCUUUGGAUAAACUUGUACCAAUUCUUCAAAAGAGAUCAAAACACUCUUACAUUGGCGUAGCAGUUGUCUUGGUUGUGCUUGAACGCAUCUACUCAUUCUUUCGAGUACCAAAGAGCAUUCGUCAUAUUCCUGCUGUUUCUUAUUUUGCUAUGGCCAAAUCAUUGUUAACUGCUGAAGCUCCAUCAUCUAGAUAUAAACGUAUCGUUUUGCCUGUAGUCAAGAAGGGCAAUGGAUUAUAUGUGAGUAAGUUGCCUUUGGAAUGGACUGUACACGUUGCUACCCCAAUGUCUGCCAAACAUGUACUUCUUAAGUCAGAAAUAUACCCUAAAUCAGAAAGCUUCCUCAAGCUACUUGGCCCACAGAGCCCCGCUGUUUUGUUUUUGGGAGCUAGUAAUGUUGGAUUUGUGAACGGGCAUAUAUGGAAAAAUCAACGAAAGAUUAUGAAUCCUGCCUUCCAUCGCUCAAUGCCUAUUCAAACCAUGGCCAGUGUCAUGCCUGAUUUUUUCUCGGCUAUUGAUAAACACGGAACCGACGGAACACCUAUCUCCGCGGUAAUGAGAGAUUUUACCCUUGAUGUCCUUGGUCACACUGCAUUUGGAUUUGACUUUAAGGCCUUAAAGGGCGACCCUGAUCAUUGGACCAGAACCUAUCAUAUCAUCAACAAUGCUCUAUUCAAUCCUACAGCAAACAUGCUUACAUCAUUAAACCCCAUCUUGUCGAUUAUUUCUCCCGAAAGAAGAAGAAUCCUUGAAGCAAUCAAAAAGCUGAAUGGCAUGUUGGAAGCCAUGAUUAAGCAAAAGCGCCAAGAAGUACAGAAUAACGCACAAGCCAAUAUUCCUGAAAAUGAAAAGGAUUUGCUUACUUUGAUGCUGGAAGCUCAACAGAGAGGAGAAGGAUUAGCCACUGACGAAGAACUCAAACACAAUGUCUCUGGAUUUUUCCUGGCAGGACAUGACACUACUUCUGAAACUCUUUCUUUCUACUUUUACAAUAUUGCAAAGAAUAAGGAUGCUCAACGUAAGCUAAGAGAAGAGCUUAGCACGAUCCUGGGCGAUAAACCAGUUGAUGUUAUUCCAACCCUCGAGCAGUUGAAGUCCAUGGAGUAUUUGAAUUGCACUAUCAAGGAGAAUUUGCGUCUCAAUGGUCCUGCUGACAAUAUCCUCCCAAGAAUAGCGACUGAAGAUAUGGUUGUCGAUGGUACUCCCAUUCCAAAGGGAACAGUUGUCAAUGUUGAUAUUCAUGCUAUUCAUCAUGAUACACGCUACUGGCAGGAUCCAUACAAGUUUGUUCCCGAGCGAUUUCUUCCAGGUGGUGAGCACGAGUCUCACUCGGGUAUGACAUGGUUGCCCUUUGGAAACGGAGCUCGUCAAUGUCUUGGUAUGAAUUUCAGUUUGGCUGAACAGAGACUUGUGAUUGCCAUGACAGUUCGAAAAUACGAUAUCGAAAUUCCCAAGGAUUCGAUUCAUUAUGAUCAUCCUAUUUUAGAAUCCUCAAGCACAAAGGCCCCUGCAUCGCUCAAGCUAGUCUUUAGAAAGCGUUACUAA